AUGGAGUUCUGCAAGAUGUGCGACGAUGCCACAGUCAGGGAGUAUGGAAAAUAUUUCGAGCGUCAGUGGUUACACACUUACAGAUUAUGGGCUAAAGUCUUCCGUACAUGCGGCAAAUAUGGCAUUGAUACCACCUCCACCGCAGAAUCUUACCACAAUUUCAUCAAGAGUCUCGCACGUGAAGAGGACAACAGUAGAUGGUUAAAGCAGCGCCGCAUGGAUUGGUUGUGCUCUUUUCUACUGGAUGUCGCGCUGAACCAAUUCGUCGCACGAGAACACGUGAGUAACUUACGUUUGCCCGAUUACGUCCGCUCUAAAUAUCUCAAGAUGCUUCAGGAGUACGGUCGACAACAGGCGGGUAAGAACGUGGAGUUCAAGUUGACGGAUACAUGUUUGACGUACUGCCCCACCGAGCGCAAAGACAUCAUGGAAUCAACAGUGGUUACGAUAACCGAUAAGAACUCCGCCGAUGUUCAAGUGUACAAAGUCGCCAAUCUUCACCUCCUUCGAUGUUGCGCGCUGCAGCGGUUGCAUCAGCUCGUGACAUGUAACUGCACACUUGGCAUGAACGAUGAACUUUGUUUCGCCAAGUUACACGCCAUGUCACAGGCGAGUGAGGCAUAUACACUAGGCGCAUUGGACCUUAAUCAGAAUGUGAAGUCUGAACCUCUCGAUCUCCGCGCUCCAGGCAAUCGUCGCAUGUCAGAUGAAGACAUCGAGAAAUUGGGAAAGAGCACGAGCAGCUCAGGCGUCAACUCGGUCGCGACCAUCAUGAGAAUCUCACAACAACUACAUGAUGUCAGAGCAAACGUCAUGAACGUCGAGAAGAUACGCGAUCCCAACGCUCAACGAAAAGCACUGCUGCAUUAUCAAGCCGCCAACAAACUCGUGGAAGAAGUACUCUUGAAGGAGAAGGACGAGGACGCUCGUGGUGAGAACACACAUGUCACGCCUACUGACAACUCUCAGAUUGGUGUUGGUAUACACAUGUUUGCUUCGCCGACGGGGAACUUGCCACGCAUAGAACACGAAAAGAGAUCCGAACUCAAUGAUGAUACGCUGCAAAGAGGGAAAGGCGCGCUUGAACGAGCGAAAAAAAAGCGUCAAUCAGGGGGAGGAGGUGCUGCAAAAUUGCACAAGUAG